AUGGCAGAUAGAGAAGAUGACGAAGCCCCUCCAGCACUGGUAGAUCUCUCUCAGAUACCAGAUGCGGAACAGCAAGACGCGACAAACAUCUCAUCCGCGGAUGCGCCGCCGGAGAGUCGGGUGCCUAUUACGCUUGUAACCGGAUAUCUUGGCGCAGGAAAAACUACACUGUUAAAUUACAUUCUCAAUGAAAAACAUGGCAAGAAGAUUGCCGUGAUAAUGAAUGUGCUUAUGCUAAUACGUAACCAAGCCACGGACAUCGAGAAGCCAUUGACAGUUAACCAGGAUGGCCAAGAAUUCACCGAGUGGAUGGAAGUCGGGAAUGGUUGCAUCUGCUGCUCAGUCAAAGACUCUGGCGUAAUGGCCAUCGAGUCCCUUAUGGAGCGCCGAGGAACCUUCGACUACAUUUUGCUGGAAACAACCGGCCUUGCCGACCCAGGCAAUAUCGCUCCUGUAUUCUGGGUCGACGAUAACCUCGGCAGUUCCAUCUACUUAGACGGAAUCGUCACUCUUGUUGACGCGAAGAAUAUCCUACAUCUUCUAGAUGAGCCCACUCCUGAGGAAACAGUGUCCAGUCACGAAAAAGAAGAAGACCAUGACCAUACCCAUUCGGGACCCGUACUAUCCAUGGCCCACAUGCAAAUUUCGCAUGCGGACGUGAUCAUCCUGAAUAAGGCUGAUCUCGUCACUCCGGAGGAACUCAAUAAAGUCCGAGAACGAGUGCAAGCCAUCAACAGUGUCGCUAAGAUCCAUGUAACCGAUCACAGUAAGACACCUCAGAUUGAAGGCGUUGUGUUGGAUCUGCAUGCCUACGAUCAUUUGGCUAGUCUGGAUUUUGGCGAAAAAGGGCAUAGCCAUAUUGAUCCGGCUAUCUCUACGAUCGCAAUAACAACCCCUCCCAUCCCAUCUGAAAAGAUUCCGCUCGUAGAUGCCUGGCUCCGCUCCGUCCUUUGGGACUCUUCUCUUCCACCUGCGGAAUCUCAAUCUGAACCUCAGUCUCAUCCAGCUGAUUUCGAUAUUCACCGCCUCAAAGGCAUAUUGAUCACAAAGGAUGAUUCCAGCAGGGUUAUUCAGGCUGUCCGGGACGUGUUUGAGAUCAGGGAUGCCGAGCCAACGUCAUCUGAUGAAGGCCAGAAGCAGUGUAAGAUUGUACUCAUUGGCCGAGGACUUGGGCCGGAUGCACAGCCGUGGCAAAGGAGUUUUGAGGCCUUUUUAGAGAGGGAUGAGUAG